AUGAUGAAAAGCUUACCUAAGGAAGCAGCGCAUGCGGCAGCUCAAGCCAGAGCUCAGGAACGAUUGGAGGCAUUGAAGAACAAGGGAAAAGGUGGUCGCAAGCCUGGUGCAAAGGUAGGGAAACCGCGUCCCCCUCCCAAAUCCUCUUCCACUCCAGGUACUGGUGAAUCUGAAGUGCCUCCACCACCUCACUCCCCUGAUGCCGUUCCGGAAUCCUGA